AUGGCUGUUCCGCAUCACCGGCACUGUUUAUCGUUGGAAGGGGUGAUCGUUCCUGAACCGCAAUACUUGACGCCAGAAGAGCAUGACAAAGCUACUGAGCUUUUUAACAUGAUCAUCGAUUAUUUCGAGCCUCUGCAGAAAUCUAGUAAGAAGUACAAACCGAUAACACUUAUACGCCUUACGAUGGAGGGGAUCUCUGUUGAAGACGAGUUUCUUAUUUUCUUUUUCACUUUCAUUGAGCACAACCGACUUGGAGUCACAGAAGACACGGAAAUUUGCCUAGCUGAGACCUUAUCAAGUGUGCAAAGUUUUCAGGGAUGGACCGAUGAAGAACGACAUGCCCUUGAUGAUAGUUUGGUCAAGUUUGCUAUGUAUCUGAUAGAGAAUUUCUUCCUACCACUUAAAGCAUUGGCCGCAAAGACUCCUCAACCUACGCCGGCAUCUGUUUCUCAUCUCAAAUCGUCAGAACUAGCUAUUGGCACCCCGCAACGCGUCUCUAAUCUGCGGCAUCUCUGUCUUAAGCGUGAUCGACAUCGAUGUGUUAUAACCCGAAAAUUCGACGCUCUGGAGGGUGAAACGCGGUACAAUACCUAUGGAGAUGAAGUGACAGAUAAUGACGGGAAUUCUUUACUGCCAGAGAGCGAUGACAUGACCUAUCUAGAAGUGGCGCAUAUCAUUCCUCAUUCUCUCAUGUCUUUCAGUGACCUUGAAGGAGAGCCGAAACUGACUGAGCGAAAGCAUAUAGCCCACAAGAUUCUCAAAAUGUUCAACCCCACAGCUCUCCACUUGAUCAGCGGGACUGAUAUUGACCGACCGAUGAAUGCGCUCACCUUGACUCAUGACCUUCAUAGAUUGUUCGGUAAUUUUGAAGUUGCAUUUGAACCAGCCCAGAAUCAAGCACACACAUACAGGAUUGACUAUAUGAAGACCAAACGCAUCUGGCGAGCCUACAAACUUCCUGUUACCCGCAAGCUCUACGUCACCCCCGACAGAAAUAUCGAGCCGCCUUCUCCUCAACUUUUGGAAAUACAUCGUGCUAUCGGGCACAUUCUUCAUCUUAGUGCCGCAGGUGAAUAUAUCGAUCGAGUCAUUCAGGACAUGGAAAACUUGCAGGUGGGGCCAGUGUGCUCGGACGGGUCUUCUCGCAUUGGUGAAUAUAUCAAUUAUAGACUUGCGUCUCAACUUGGCUGGACGCAUGUUUAUUAG